CGCUACCUAUACCGAGGAGUGCCCCGCCUCGCAGUGACGUCACUUCCGUUUCCCCUCCCCUUUAGGCGCCGCCGCGUGCCGUUUCUCCCCUUUCCGCUCCGCGCGCGCCAAGAUGGCGGACACGCAGACGGAGCGCGCCUACCAGAAGCAGCCGACGAUCUUCCAGAACAAGAAGCGGGUGCUGCUGGGUGAGGGUGGCAAAGAGAAGCUCCCGCGCUACUACCGCAACAUCGGCCUCGGCUUCAAGACCCCCAAGGAGGCCAUCGAGGGCACCUACAUCGACAAGAAGUGUCCUUUCACCGGCAAUGUCUCCAUCCGCGGCCGCAUCCUCUCUGGCGUGGUGACCAAGAUGAAGAUGCAGCGGACGAUCGUCAUCCGCCGGGAUUACCUCCACUACAUCCGGAAGUACAACCGCUUUGAGAAGCGCCACAAGAACAUGUCCGUGCAUCUCUCCCCCUGCUUCAGGGACGUCCAGAUCGGAGACAUCGUCACCGUCGGGGAAUGCCGUCCGCUCAGCAAGACCGUGCGCUUCAACGUCCUCAAGGUCACCAAGGCCGCCGGCACCAAGAAGCAAUUCCAGAAGUUCUGAAAACGUUGGGAACGGAGCCGGGCAGGAGAGGAAUAAAAGCUUUGGAGACACUC